AAUAUUUUACCCAAAAAUGUCUCUCCUCUCUCUCUCUCUCUCUCUCUCUCACACACACACACAAAGUAAUAAUGCUACCACUUUGGUUAAUGCGAGCAGAGCACUGCCCAUUCACUAGUUGUUGAACACAAUUAACUCAGACAGAAAGAUCAAAUAAAUUCAAGAAUGGCGAAAAGAUUCUUCUUCUCCCCCCUCUCUCUCUUCCUCAUCGCCAUUCUCUCCCUCUUCCUCCACCUCUCCGCCUCCCUUGCCCACCCCCACUUCGAGGGGUUCGACGCCGAUGAUGAUGACGAUGAUUUCUCCAUCCCUGACCUCAAACCCGACGCCAUUGUUCCUCCUCUCCGCUCCACCCCUCCUUCCAUCUCCCUCUCCACUUCCACUCCCGAGUCUCACCAUGGUCCCCCUUAUUCCGCUGCCUCCCAGGCUGAUUCUCCCGUCUCCGCUCACGACUCUGAUUCGAUACCCAAGCCCGCUUCCCCCUCCUCGUUUGAUUACUGGGAUGAGGAUGAAUUUGAAGGCAUUCCUCACAACUUAAAUUCGCCACCCGUCACUCGUGUCGUUGAUGAAUCUGCUGCUACUGUCUCUGAAUCUGAUGCGGGUUCCGGAGCUAAGAAUUCAGACGAGGAUCCGAGAUCGGAUGCGAAAUUUCCAGAGAAGCUGACAUCGUAUUGGGUUGAAAUUGUGUGUGUUCCGUUCUUGGUCUUGUUUACGAUUAAUUAUUUCAUGGGGAAAAGGGAGAAUGAGAAUAUUGCCUUGGCAUGGGCGACUAGGUUUGCAGCCAAAGACUCGAUUUUCGAUAAGAAUUUCAGCUUGUUGGGAGUUGGGGAGACUGAGGACUCUCCGCUUUUGUUGAAGGAAGGACAGAAUGUGUUUAGGUUCUAUGCUAGUGGGAGGAGGUUCUGCUCAGGAGUGCUGGCCACAAUGGAGCUCAAGAGCAGGCAUGACUUGAUCUCCAGGUUGUACAAUAUGGUGGUGCCUUGUAAGGAUGAGAUCACUUUCGAGGUUUAUAUGAGUGAUGAUGCGAUGGACCAGGUGGUUUUUGCAUUGGCGAGGAAGAAGUUGGCAAAGACGAUGCACAAGGAGGAAAGGGACUUGCAGAGGUUUGCAGCACUGGUGGCGCCUCCAAGUGGGAGGAAGUGGGUGGCAGAGGAGCUGCAGAUAGUGUCGGAAUCCAAGGAGGUGGCGGGGGAUUUGAUCACUGAUGUUGUGCUUGAUCAGGUUUUUGGUGAUAAAGCUUUCGAGAAAUUUGGAAAAGGAUUCAUCUCAAUGCAUUUCUCUGAUCAACACUUGGGCUCGAACAAGAAGAUGCUAGUGUUUAAGUUUGCCAUCCCUGAUGCUAACAACAUGGCUGAUAUGACUCGACUGGUUGCUCUUAUACCUUACUACAUUGAUCUAAUUGGCCGAUACAAGCUAAGCUCACAUGCUCGAUCUAAAACAGAAGCAGCCAGAUUAAAGGUUGCCCAGGAGAUUUACAAAGAACUUCAGAAUGCGAGGCAAGAAGCUUUGCAGAAAAAGAAGGCUGAUCAGAAAAAGAAGUUGGAUGAGGCUGAAUCUAAGCUAAGUGCUGAGGCUCUUCGCAAGAGGGAGGCUAAAGAGCGCGCCCGCCAAAUGAAGAAGGGCAUGCCAAAACUCAAGAUGACUAGGGCUCAUUAGAUCCUAUUUCCGAAACACUAGUGAUGUUGUAUGCCCAUGCAAUUGUUGUGAGUUACAGUAAUUUUCGUUCAAUUGAGGCAUGAUCCUGCUUUUAUCUUCAUCCUCAGUUGUGUACCUUAGACAUUGUAGACAUCAUUCAACUUGACCACUUCAGUGGUUCCUAAA